ACAAACCAAGAUGGCGUCUGACGGAGAUUACGUUGUUUUGGUUAUUAUGGUUUCUUGGUCUUAAUUACAACGUACAUGUGCACAUGUGUGUCGUUUAACAGAGUAAACGUCCUUAUUAAUUGUUUGUAUGCGGAUACAUUAGUCUGUGUGCACUUAUACGUGCUAGCCGAGCCUGCUGGUUAGCUUAGCUUGUUAGCUGCUAACAAACAGAGGCGGAAGUGAUCGACACAUCAAAGCAGAGAUCCAAUACGUCUGUGAAGAACAUCUUUACCCUGAGCAACAGAAGUGGAGCUUCAGGAUGCGGACGGAGGAGCCACAGCCCUCCCACAUUAAGAAGGAAGAGGAAUACCAACUGACCACUCACAUCAAAGAGGAAGAGGAGGACCCUUUGACACCCCAUUUUAAAGAGGAAGUGGUGGAUCCACUGAGCCCUCACAUUAAGGAGGAAAAGGUGGAUCCACUGACACCCUAUUUUAAAGAGGAAAAGGAGGAGCCACUGACACCCCAUUUUACAGAGGAAUCGGUGGAUCCACUGACCCCUCACAUUAAGGACAAAGAGGAGGACCCACUGAGCCCUCACAUUAAAGAGGAAGAGGAGGAGCACAGCAUCAGUCAGCAGGGAGAGCAUCUUGAAGGACUGAAAGAGGUUGAUGUCACCAAGAUGCCAGUGACUGGUGUCCCUGUGAAGAGUGAAGAUGAUGAGGUCACAGGUGAGAGUGAGGAGAAGAGAGGGGCGGAGCCUCCAAGCAGCAGCUCAACACAACACAUGAAAACAGAAGCUGAUGGAGACCACUGUGGAGGAUCACAAGCAGACAAGCUCUUAGCUCCACUAUCAGAUAGUGAGGACACAACGUCACACUCUCCUGACACUGAUGAUGAAGACUCUAAAGAUGAUAAGACAUGUCACACUGACAACACACACUUCAAAUGUUCUCACUGUGACAAAACCUUUAAAUAUCCUAGUGAUUUGAAAAGACACUUGAGAACACACACUGGCGAAAAACCUUUUUCAUGUUCAAACUGCGGUAAAGAUUUUACUCAAAAGCCCCAUUUCAAAGCACACAUGAGAAUACACACUGGAGAAAAACCUUUUUCGUGUUCAGAAUGUAGUAAAAGUUUUGUAAGAAAACAAAAAUUAAAAGAACACAUGAAAAUACAUACUGGAGAAAAACCUUGUUCAUGUUCAAUCUGCGGUAAAAAUUAUACUCGAAGGCAGUAUUUCAAAACACACAUGAGAAUACACGCUGGAGAAAAGCCUUUUUCCUGCUCAGAAUGUGGUAAAAGUUUUGUAAUAAAUCAAAGUUUAAAAAAACACAUGAGAACACACACUGGAGAAAAACCUUUUUCAUGUUCAAUCUGCGGUAAAGAAUUUACUCAAAAGCAUCAUUUCAAAAUACAUGAGAAUACACACCGGAGAGAAACCUUUUUCAUGUUCAACCUGCGGUAAAGAUCUUACUCAAGGGGUUAGUGCGUCUGCCUCACGAUAUUUAAGAUCCUGAAGUCUUGGGUUCAAUCCCAGGCUCAGGAUCUUUCUGUGUGGAGUUUGCAUGUUCUCCCCGUGAAUGCGUGGGUUCCCUCCGGGUACUCCGGGUUCCUCCCACUUCCAAAGACAUGCACCUGGGGAUAGGUUGAUUGGCAACACUAAAUUGGCCCUAGUGUGUGAAUGUGAGUGUGAAUAUUCUCUGUCUAUCUGUGUUGGCCCUGCAAUGAGGUGGUGACUUGUCCAGAGUGUACCCCGCCUUCCGCCUGAUUGUAGCUGAGAUAGGCGCCAGUGCCCCCCGCGACCCCAAAAGUGAAUAAGCGGUAGGAAAUGGAUGGAUGAGAAUACACAGUGGAGAAAAACCUUUUUCCUGCACAUAAUGUGGUAAACGUUUUGUAACGAAUACAAAUUUAAAAAUACACAUGAGAACACACACUGGUGGGAAACAUUUUCAAUGUUCAGUAUGUUGUAAAAGUUCUAUAGAAAAACAGCAAUUAAAAUUACACAUGACAAUGUACUCUGGCAAAAAACCAUACUCCUCUUCAAGCUGCCACAAAAGGUUUUUUACCCAAAAUCGUGUACAGUACACAUGAGAACACACACAGGAGAAAAAGUGCUGAGUUGCAGUGUGUGUGGUGAAAGAUUCUCUUGUACCAGUGUAAGAAACACGAGUGUGCUGGUAAGAACUGCAGCAGCAAAUGAAGAUGCAAGAUUUGAAAUAAACUGUCAAAACUUUAACUUUGACUUUCUAACAACAUCAGCACAUAUAACAUGUGUGACAUCAUUGUUGUGUGUGUAACACAAUCUUGUUAAUAUGAUUCUAACAUUUAUAGAUUAGACACUUCAGAUUAGAGCUUUUAUUUCAGUCAAGUACAUGAGUUAAUAUACACAUUUGUGUACUUUAAAUUGAACAGAAUAUUUAGACUGAAAAGGUGAGAAUAAAAGGUACAUAAAAUAUGUUACAUACAAUAAACAUUGUAUGUGUAUAUAUUCAUAAUUCACUUUUAUACUUAUUCAUAAUAGUGUUUUAUAUGUUUUUUUAAAUAAUGACGUGUUACAUAUGUUGUUUUCUAAGUGUAGAUGAUUCCAUAGAUGAACCUCUUUAUAUGAUGUAUAAUUUGUUUUACAUGUGUUCACACCUUUGCUUUUGAGUACACAUAAAUCCCUCUUAGUUCAUAUUUACUGGUUCACAUCUGAAACAUCCUCUGGACCACUUCUGGAAGCAUAUUAUUAUUUACUUUAUACAUCAUUUGAACACUUGUCUUGUAUACAAUUUUAAAAUGUGUGACUUAAUGAACCAUUUGUUGGGUCUCUAUAAUCCAUUCUAUUAAUUAUCUUUAUUACAAUCUUUUGUAAUAUGAAUAAUAAUGUGUGAUUGUUUUAUAUGUAUGUCCCCAGACCUUUAUGCAAUAAACAAUGUAUGCUUCAACUAAAGUUGGGUACAAUAAAUGUACUUAAUAUUU